AUGUCUCCAGCAAAGUUCAAGGUCGCCAUCUGCGGCGGUGGCAUUGGAGGGCUCGCCUGCGCCGUUAUGCUAUCCAAAUACCCAAAUAUCGAUGUUGAGAUAUACGAAGCCGCGGCUGAGUUCUCUGAAGUUGGAGCUGGGAUUGGGGUGUGGCCACGGGUUUGGCGUAUCUUAGAAAAAUUGGGGCUUUCGGAGGAUUUCUCAAGGGUGACUGCCCUGAAGCCGACGUAUGAAGACUCGGACGCGUUUGUCUUCCGGAAGAGCGAUCAAGCUGAGGGCCUUGACUUCUACAAGCUUAUUACGAAAGGGAGUUUCCUGCGAUACCACAGACCAGAUGUGUUGCAGGUCCUUGUUGCCCACCUACCCCCUAGAUUUCCCAUACACUACUCAACUCGCCUUGAUUCUUAUCACGAAGAUGCCUCAGGACACGUUCAUCUGACGUUUACAGACGGGUCAACAGCGGGCUGCGACCUCUUGAUAGGUUCUGAUGGUAUCAAGUCCGCCGUCCGGCGUUCAAUGCUCACCCAGAAGGCCAUGAAAGCGGCAGCAAAGGGCAACUCGAAGGAGGCUGAACAAACACUAGAGUCUAUUGAACCCCGGUGGACGGGCAUAGUCGCGUAUCGGGCUUUGGUGCCAUCGGCUAAGUUGAAGGCCUACCGCGACGCUCACCCGGGUCAAGAUAUUCGAGUACCUGAGGAAAGCUCCAUACCAAGAAUGUAUAUGGGUCGGAACGUGAAUGUUGUUGUCUACCCGAUCUCGUCGGGACGCUUGAUCAACGUUGGAGCGUUCCAUGCCAGAGAGGACCUUGCUGGGACACAGUUUCCCGGGCCCUGGGUGACCAAUGUGGAUACGGAAGAGCUUCUGCAGGCUCAUUCUCAUUGGGAGCCUGAACUUCAAGCAAUAUUAAAGUGCGUUGAUCGGCCAUCACGGUGGGCGAUCCAUGCAUCCAAGCCACUUCCUACAUGGGUAUCUGGACAUGUCGCACUUCUCGGAGAUGCGGCUCACGCAAUGUCGCCACAGCAAGCUUCUGGAGCCGGUCAAGCUAUCGAAGAUGCCUACGUGCUCUGUAGCCUCCUUGGUCACCAUCUUACCGUGGCUUCGACGAUUCCUCGCGCUUUGUCAAUUUACGACGAGAUACGCCGUCCAAUUGCCAUGGAAGUUGCAGAGCGUUCCUUAAUUAAUGGACGCCUGUUCGGUCUACAACUCCCUGGUCUGGACGCAGACAAGGAUACAGAACGUCUACCCGAGAUUGGUGAGGCUAUCAAGGCUAACUGGCGGUGGGCAUGGUCGACGACCGCCGAAGGCCCACUGAAGGAGGCUCUGCAGCUGCUGGAGUGCCCUCCUUUGCGAUCAACACUUUGA